AUAAUUUUGGGUUGAUUUAUGAUAUUUUACAAGGCCUUAGAGAAUCACCGGCUCCUGAAACUCCUGAUGAUUAUGCUAAGCUUUAUAUUGAAUGUUGGGAUGAUGAGCCAAAUAAUCGACCGACCAUGAAUCAAGUAGUUGCAAAAUUAGGGAUAUUUGUGGCCAAAACAAACGAAGUAAAAAAAAAUGGUAAAUCAAGUACUCAAAAAAUUGAUCAGAUUAUUACGAGUAAAAACAUUGAAAAAGCAUUUAGUUUACUCUUUAAUGCUUCAAAGAAAGAUCAUAUAUUGGCACAAUGUUACGUUGGUACGUGUUAUCAGUAUGGAUAUGGUAUCACAAAAGAUGAAACGUUGGCUUUUAAAUAUUAUAAGAGCGUGGCCGAUAGAAAUUUUGCGGCAGGACAAUUACAAAUUGGGUAUUUUUAUGAAAGUGGUAUGGGUGUUAAAAAAGAUUUAAAAAUGGCUUUUCAUUGGUAUGAAAAGGCCGCGAAUAAUGGAAACUUAAUUGCUUUAUGUAACCUUGGUCUCUGUUAUAAAAAUGGAUGUGGCGUUAAGAUAAAUAAUUCCAAAGCCUUUGAGUUAUUUAAAAGAUCAGCUAAAAAAGAGUAUUCGGAUGGAAUAUCAAUGUUAGGACGUUGUUAUAAUAAUGGAAUUGGAACUAAGGUUGAUAAGAAAAUGGCUUUUGAGUUAUAUGAAAAAGCAGCAAAUUUGGAAAAUGUGAUCGCCCAGUAUAACCUUGGAAUUUUAUAUGAAAAUGGAAUAGGAGUUGAGAAAGAUAUAGACCAAGCCAUUUAUUGGUAUGAAAAAUCCGCUGAACAAGGACAUAAAAAUGCUCAAAUUAAACUAGAAAAACUUGUAAGAUCAUGA